GUGUUCAACCAUGAAGAACUUGUUCCAAGAUUCCAGUAUAUACAGUACUCCUCUCUCACUCCUGCAGCUCCCUCCAGCGGCAGUUUUAGACGUUACCCAGAAACUGUGUCAACUGGGGCACAGUACAACUCGCUUCUCUCAGGAUGGCAAAAAUAUUAGUGAUUUUAAGGGAUCUAUUCAGGAGGCUGAUGUUCAGCAGUUGAACGAGGUGGACAUAGAUAUUGGAUUCGUAUGUAAGAAAUGCCAAAUGGUUUAUCCAGCUGAGCUUCUAUGUAUAAAUCACCAGAGGGCAUCAUGUUUCGCUCACAUCAAGGAAGAAGAUAGGGCCGUGUUGAAGCUAGUACAGAUAUACUUUGAAUGUAAGGUGUGCAGAGAACGUUUUACGAGUGUUUUGGAUUUUAAAUUUCACGCCGAUAUGGACCGGCACACGAAGAGAGUUCAAAAGUUACAACGUGGGAUGGUGUUUACAAAUCAUUCAAAUGACAUAAAUCUCGCUCUGCAAAAUCAAAUACCAGGUGCACAAGUAAUGCCAUCUAUUCCACAAGCAAAUUUUAAUGCAGCAUCCAUGUUGCCCGCUUCAUGCGCUUCAACAUUAUACCCUGGUUUGGCUACAUCGGUGAACACCAAUCAUUUGUCGUCUUGCUCCAUGACGUCAUCGGGUCAUCUUCCAACAGGAUUACAUCCUCCUGCAGCGCCGCCUAUGACAUCCCAAUCACAAGUGGGAAACACCUUGCCCGGAAUGUCAUUUCAUGAUACUAUAAAUGGAAUUCCAGAUAUGUCUAAUCCAUUUCUUUUCUCUGGAGCUCAAACGGACUUUAGACAGGAUCUAGACUCCUCCUUGAACUUUGCCCUCGGGCUUGAGAAUAUGAUGAUGGGCAACGGAAUGGAUAUUUCGGCUUCUGGUCACUUAUCUUUAACGUCUAAAACUGGAAUGUGCUACUCGGGAGAUUCGAUUGCAAACACAGACGUUAAACUUCUUUAGGCAAUAAAUAAGUUUGUGUUCGUCGACUGGAAAUUACGUCCAUCAUCUGAGGCUAAAUAAAACAUUACGCCCAUACUGGUACAAGAAAAGACACAUGAUAUACUUUCCUUGUCCGGAUUUGGUCAGUGAAACGUGGUUUUUGCACUGGUACAAAAAAAGACACAUGAAAUACUUUCCUUGUCCGGAUUUGGUCAGCGAAACGUGGUUUUUGCACUGGUACAAGAAAAGACACAUGAAAUACUUUCCUUGGCCGGAUUUGGUCAGUGAAACGUGGUUUUUGCACUGGUACAAGAAAAGACACAUGAUAUACUUUCCUUGACCGGAUUUGGUCAGUGAAACGUGGUUUUUGCUUCUUUUGAUGAGAGAACAAUCUAUACUUAAUGCUUAUUAAAAAUCGUUUUUUUUUUUAAAUCCAGUCAUGCUGAUUUCGAAAAAAUUCUAUUCUCCAAAAACAACAACAACAGCAACAGAAUGAAAAUAGUAUUUGAAUAAUGAUAGAAACCAAUGGAUUUCUAAGUCGAAAAACCUUUGGAAAAAAUAUUCUCUUAUAUAUAUGAACUACAAUAAGAAAAUGGACUCUACAUUAUAAGUUCGUGAAAUAUGAAAAGGAAAAUGUGAAAAACAAAAGGUAAUAAUUGUUUAAAAGAAUGGUUAGAGACGUUUUUGAUAUAAUAGUAGUUGUGUAAUAAGUGUACGUGUUCGUCAUUGUUGGAAAAACAACAUACAAAGAAUUAUAUGUAAUGCUUUGUAACUCUCGUUCCUGUAAACGGAAGUCGUCUAAUCCUGAAUAUAAAGACGAUGCGGGUGUGAAAAAGUUCCUGGAUUUUUAUCAAAAAAUAAUAUAAAUUUUAUCAUUCCUUUUGUUUGUGAUUUCUUAAGAUAAACUACUUUUGCACGAAGCAUAUAUAUAUAUAUAUACCCGAAUAUUUCAAUGCUGACUGGUGUAGUAGAAGCGAUAAUUGUAUACAAAACGUUCUCUGUUGGUGUCGUUUGUUAUAAUCAUCCUUGCUGUACGUUUUAGAAUAUUUCCUGAUGCCGCUAUAAGUGGCAACGAUUCUGGAAAUAACUGAUGAAAAUUUUAGGUAUGAAUUAUUUCUGUUUAGCUAAAGGAAUGUGUCAGUUCUUUGGAAAGACGCGGACGUAUUGGUUUUUCAUUUCCAGGGUAAUUAAAUGGUAACUGUAAUGCUUUUAAUAUUUUGUUUCAUUGAUAAAAAGACAUGACUUUUGAAAUUUAAUUUGGUCUGCAGAUUGCAAGUUGUUGCUCACUGCCACGUGAUUGUAUGUUUUUUUUUGUUGUUGUUGUUGAUUUUGUUUUAUUGGGAAGUAAAUUGUUAAGGCCGCCGCGAGAGGGCGUUUACUUACAACUAUCAUGUCGAGAAAAUGCGCUGCAAGUUACCGAAGACGACAUUCUGAGGCAGAUUGUUCGUGUAUAUACACAAAUGAAUAUGGGAAGGGCUUUUUUUUUGUGAAGAUGAUGUUUAGAAUUACUAUUUGUGUAAGAUUCCUUGCAGCAUCUUUGGUCAAGCGUGGGUUAUUAUACUGGUCAAGCGUGGGUUAUUAUACUAAGACAAAGGCUAUAUCUUAACUCGAGAACUUUCCGAUAUAUUUUUUGGAUGAGCUAAAUCUCGUGUUGGUAUGACUUCAACUUAGUGCUGUUAAUUUCAUAUCUUUCUCGUGCUCACUUUUACAAACUAAAUAUUUAUUAUGUUAAUUGCCCUAGAAAGGGCGUAAGCGAGUUCCUAUCACCUUAAGCCUAAACGUUUCGAAAGUAAAAAUAAAAGUUUUACGAUAGAAAAAAAAAUAUAUAUAUAUAUAUAAAUAAUGUGUGUCAGAUAACUUUUUUUAGUUAUGUUUGUUGUUCUGUUUUUGAGAAAAUGUUACAAAAAAGCGUUAGUUCAUCUUCUUGUUAGUGAAAUAAGUGUUCAAUUCGUAUGUUGCCCUGUUAUUUUUGCUACAUGGACGAAAUAUUUUCUCUGCGUUUGAAGGAAGACCGCACCAUUUUAUUGUUAUUUUAAAUGCGAAACGAAAGCAGUAAUAUCUGUUAUACAUGUUACACAGUUUUAGAGUGUAAUUAAAACAUUCUAAAUGUUGACUGGACUAAGAAAUGUGUUUGUUUUGUGUGAUUCUUGUUCUAAAGUAAAGUUUGUUCUGUUAUAUGAUAGUUUAAUCUAAAAUAAUCUUUGAGUAGCGUUAUAAUAAAAAUUAAGAACUUCGAAUAAAUGAAAAGUUAAAAAAAACAACAACCCGGGAUAAAGGUUCACUUCAUUUGUGCAUUAAGUACGCCGAAAACCAGAUGCGAAUUAUUUCAAAAUGUGAUUUUCUGUUAUAAGCAAGCAUUGUAACGUUCUGUGUUUUCGAAUGUUCACUUGUCAUGUUUUUCACAACAUGAAUGUUUGUUAUAGAGAUCUUGAUAUCCCCACAAAACAAAAACAAACAAAAAAUACGAGAAAACUGUAUUGUGUGUGUUGUGUGUGUGUGUUUGUUUAACCCUCAAACGCUUUGUAGUUAAUUCUUUAACUGAGUUUUCUGUGAAGUUUUUCUUACCCGAUGAAUGAAUUCUGUUCUGAAAAUAAUUUCUUGUAUUCUGAAGCAAAUAUGAUAAAUUGGUCAUAUUAUAACACUACUCAUAUGAAAAUGUCCAAACGAAACGUUGAAAACUGAAUAGGCUUAGGAAAUGAAUUCAGUUCAUUAAAAAUAGUUUUAAAAGUUUGUUUGUUAUUCUUCUAAUAUGUUUCUAUGUUUUGUACCAUUCGUAAAUUUUAAUCAUUUAGAAUAUUUUUUUCCUCAGAGUUUGUUACAUUUCAACACAUCGAAGGUAAUACGAAACGAUAUAUUGGAUCCUGGUUUAAGUUUAAUACCAAAUUUGGUGGUUCUAAGAUAAUUGCUGUAUGAUUAUUUUGUUUGUUUGUUUUAGAGCAAAGCCACAUUCGGCUAUCUGCUGUGUUCACCGUGGGGAAUCGAACCCCAGAUAUUGGCGUUGUAAGUCCGUAAACUCACGGACUGAUUUCACGACUAAAGCAAGUGUAAUUCACACUCGGAAUAUCAAUCACUGAAAUUGGAAAGAAUAUGGAAAGGGCAUUUAAUUUUUACUUUGAGUUCCAAAUUUCUAACGGUAAGAAUAUCGUAGUAAGCUUCAAAAGGAUGAACUGAUCGAUUCAGGAGUUAUACUUCUUCUGAAGGAAAUGUUCAGGACACAAUAGAUGCUCAGACGACGUCAUUAUAUUGAGUGAGCGUCAAAGAACAGAUUCGACUUAGAAUGAGUAACAUAUUGAGUUACUUGCCAAGAACGAAAAAAAAAAA